AUGUCAAAUAAAAAUACAAGCAGAGCUAGAUCUGCUCAGCCGCAGAAAAAAUAUAACCCUGAGGUAUUUGCGCUUUCUAACUUAAUUCAGCAAGCUUCUGACCGUUUAGCGAUGAAUAAAUCUAAAAGUUAUGCUACAAAAUUAAAAGAAAGGCAAACAUCUAGAAAAAGCACUUCAAGGGAUUAUGAUCAUACUGAAAGAAAUCUAGCUGAUGAGCUAGAAACACCAAAAAACAGGGUGGCACCUCAGCCGCAGCCUAUGCAUCCUAUCAAUAGAGAAAAUGAUCAUCCUGGGAAUAUCCCAUUACAGUGCAAACAUAACCAGGAGAGUGACAGGAGCAUUGGGAUUAUAGAUAAAAUCAGCACUAUCAACCCCUCAGAUUUAAGUUUUGAAAAGAAAUCGACGAGUGUAGACCGAGAUAAUUUAUUAUCAAUUGUAAGAGAUACAGAACCAAAAGCAGAAUUUCGAACACCUGGCAGCAAUUAUCCAUCAAUAGGCUCAAAGGGCUCAAGUCCUGAGCGAGGAGGGUAUUUUUUAUAUAGGCCAAGAGAUGUACAGUAUUUAGUAAAUUUGGAAAAAAGAUUAACUGAACAAAGGAUUAAAUAUAAAAAACUUGAGAAAAAGUAUAAAGAAUUGCUAGCUAAGCACUCAAGGUCUGAAGAGUUUUAUGAAAACACCAUUCAAAAAUUAACAGCAGAAUUGAAUGAGUUGAAAGAAAAAGAAGGAGAAGAUAAUAAAGAACUGACAACACAGAAGGUUGAGGAAAACUCAAUUUUUAAAAUUUUACAAGAAAUAGAUGACAUUAAGAAGAGAAUUCUAAAAAUUGAGCAAAAUAAAAGCCAAAAUCAAGAAAGCUUGCUGUAG